CCCGCCUAGAUUUGUGCGCAUGCUUUAAACGUCGAGAAAAAUAGAAUGCGUUGUCCGCUUUGCAAAGAAGUCGUUGAAGACAAGGAGUCCUUGCAAGUACAUUACAUCACUUCUUGUAAAGGAUACCGUAGUGAAGAGGCUGCUUUGGAAUCAUCUGGUCAGACACAUACCAGCUGGAACAGUGGUAAAUGUAAAGUGAGGUUUCUGUGGAAGAAAUGUUUGUCUAUAGUGGACCUGUCUGUGUUUCUCUUCAGCACAUUUGAUCAGGUGACGCUGAAAUGGGAGGAGUCCCUCAACUUGUAUCAGUCUGACUUAGUAGAAGUGAAACCAGGCACCUACAAGGAUUGUCAGCUUGUUGUUGGAGGAGAUUUAUAUCCUACUGAAGCCAUUGUUAUCCAAGGCAGCAACAAGACUGUUCAAGUGGCUAUUUCAUCAGGUACUUCCAGUGGAGUUGAUGGAACACAAGAAUCAUUACACUGGUCAUCAACAGGGACUGGAAGCAGAGAUCUUCAAAGACAGGAUAGUUUAGUAUCCAGAAGUCACAGAUAUGUUCAAAGACCUUCGCUGGAAUCAUCAUUUAGCAGAAUGUCAGAUAGCACUAAUGAUACUUCAGUGAGGCAUUCACAUAUGGAAGCAUCAGUUGCUAUGACGGAAUCAAGAAGAAGUUAUUCCGGUAACUUGGGGACACAACCUUUGAAGCCUGAUAGUUGUCAAUAUUCCACAGCUCAGCUGAGACAGGAGAAUGACUCACUAAAUAGAGACAAAUUGAAGCUGUGCCAACAAAAUGAGGAGCUCGUUUCACAAUGCAGACUUCUUGAGCACCAACUUUUUCAGGCACAGAGACAACUUGAUGAAGUUUCUGCUGACAACAAAAAUCUUCAAACAGAAGUGCGUUGUUAUCGGGAAGAAUUUGUGCAGUUGAAGCAGUCAAGAGAUACAGCGUUGAAACGAGCAGAUGCAGCAGAGCUUAAUGUUCAUCGAUUAGCAACUGAAAUACAACAAAAGGAGCAAGAGGUGCAUGAACUUAGUCAGAUGUUUUACCGGCAGCAAGAAGACUUGCUAAAACCAGAAAAGAAACAAAAAACGUCAAUUCUGAUAGAGACUGGAGCAAGUAGUAGUGCAGGAGGUCAAGGAAAUGUAAGCAGAACGAAUCGAUCAAAGGAAGCUAUAGAGAUUGAUCACCUAAACAGUGACCUUCAGUCUCUCAGACGAGCAUACAGAGAGUUGGAACAGCAAUAUAAGAAAUUUCUUGUUCCGUUAGAUAUUGCUGCAGAAGCUGUAACCAUUCCUAAACCAGCUCAGCGUUUAGGAGGAGGAUCAUAUGGAGAUGUUUUUGUUGGUCUCUUUUAUGGAGUGGAAGUUGCUGUGAAGAAUUUUCAUAAAUUAAUCAUGAAGGGUCACACGAGAGACUUGUGUGUCCAGGAGUUGUCUGUCUGUCAACAGGUUCGCCAUCCCAAUAUUGUCUUUUACUAUGGAGCUGUGAUGGUAAAAGACACUCCACUUAUGUUACUGAUGGAACGAUUAGAAGGUUCAUUGCAGGAUUUGAUCGAAGCAGCCGACAGGGAUAAGGAAGGCUUUACCUAUCGUGAAAUGAUUGAUCUUGCUGCUGACACAGCUGCAGGUAUUGCACAUCUGCAUGAACAAGAGCCUUUGCCAUACAUACAUGGAGACAUCAGGUCCAACAACGUUCUAGUUACAAAAGACAUGAGAGCAAAAGUUGGAGAUCUCGGAACCACACACGUUGUUGGUAGUACACUGACAGCUGGUCCAGUCAGCCAUGACUAUCUUGCAUCUGAAAGAAUGUCGAGGGAAGGUGAUCCUGCACCAUCUCGUAGCAGCAUACAUUCAGACAUCUACAGUCUUGGAGCUACGCUGGCCGAUAUCUUUGCUGGCAAGUUGGUAAGCAGAGAGCAAAGGCUGAGACAAAUCUAUGGAAUACAGGUGCGAACUCUUCGAAGCCUGUGCCAUAACUUGGUACAGGAUAACGCCGAGAAACGGCCAUCUGCUCGUCGCGUCUUUGAAGUCUGUAAUCGACAUAAAUCCGAGUUUGAAUACACUUCAUGUGUGGGCAAGCGGGUUGUUUUCAGGGUUGGUGACCAACUGACCAUGAUUAACGUGCAGGCACAGGUUUAACUCUCAAAGUGCAAGUUUUGUUUUUUAAGUCCAGUUUUUUAGUGCAAUUGUAAUUUUGUGGAGGCUCAACACGUAUAAUGAUUGUUGCAGUUAUCUAGGGCUAUACUUUUAUUCAUCUAGGUUGUUAUUUCGUGUCAGCUACAAUGAGUUUCAAUUUGAGUACUGAUUUUUAGUCAAUUGUCCUUUACAAGUUGUUCCUGUAUCACAUUUAGUAUAAUACAAUUUAUAGAGUAGCAAACGCAGAUCUGUCAAUUUUGGGCCACACGGUUAGU